AGCACAAACAUCAGUCCCAGACAACAAUGACUAGCACAUCAGUUUACUUUAACGACUACUACAACAGAAGAGCAUCAUCCAGCAAACUGGAGCUUUGCAUGAGUCCUUCUUCAUCAACCAUCUCAAAAAGUCAUUCAUUGGAUGAAAUUCCAGAUGUUUCAGCACGCCGGCGGCAUCCUUCUUUAGGCUUUCUUGAGUUCUCGAAAACCGCCAACUUCCGAUCACGUCGCGACGCUGUUUUUGAACCAUUGGAGUUUCAACGAGUGUUGGUGACAGUUACUUCGGCGCAAAUUGUGGAAUCUUCACAAAAACGAAAGCCUGAGGAAUCGACAAUCGGAAUGGAUGCGCCGAAAAAAAUGAAGCGUGGAUGAUUAAUUUCCAAUUUAGAAUUAACCUGUAACUAUUAAUGUAAAUUGAAAUUAUGGAGAGGUUGUUUAAACAUUUUCAAAAUCCAAUGUGUUUACUCCGUUUAUUUUUGAAAAUCAGAAAUUAACCUAAUACAAAGAAUCCCGACCGCAUUCAAAAUAGAUAAAUGCAAUAUU